CUCGAUAUCGACCUUCAACUCCUCGACUCCGCCUUCGACACUCACCCAUAUCGAGAAUCGCCUUCCUCCAACAUCCGCGCUCGCGACAGAACUACAGACAGAACCGCCAGAGCUCCGCGAGACUUAAAGUUCAGAAAGAUUCUCAAAGGCGAACUACGCACAACCACCCAUCAUGGCGGACGGAAACGGAGAUAGAUAUGGCAACGAUAUGGACUCGGACUCUGACUCUGGGCCAGAAUCCCCAGCUCUCAAACCCCAAGAAAUGGAUAACAAUGUCGAGGAUAUUGAGAAGCCAAUAAAAUCAGCCCUGAAGAAAUCGACGCACAAGGAGGUAGCUCCCCCAGUCAUUCGCCCCACCCUGCCUCCGCAGACAGAGCCAAAAAAUUUGGAUGUCAAGUCCCUGACUCCUCUGACUCCCGAGAUCAUCGCAAGACAAGCAACCAUCAAUAUUGGUACGAUAGGACAUGUGGCACACGGAAAAUCGACUGUGGUGAAGGCUAUUUCAGGAGUGCAGACUGUUCGGUUUAAGAACGAGUUGGAAAGAAAUAUUACGAUCAAGCUCGGAUAUGCCAAUGCGAAGAUCUACAAGUGCGACAACGAAGAGUGCCCAAGGCCGGGAUGUUACAAGAGUUACAAGAGUGAGAAGGAGGUAGAUCCUCCUUGCGAGCGGGAGGGAUGUUCUGGUACCUAUAGGCUGCUCAGACAUGUCUCCUUCGUCGAUUGCCCUGGCCACGAUAUUCUCAUGAGUACCAUGUUGUCAGGCGCUGCAGUCAUGGACGCUGCUCUUCUGCUUAUUGCUGGAAACGAAACCUGCCCACAACCUCAAACGUCAGAACAUUUGGCAGCUAUUGAGAUUAUGAAGUUGGACAAGAUUAUCAUUCUUCAGAACAAGGUUGACUUGAUGCGAGAAGAGGCCGCAAAAGAUCACAAUGGCCAGAUCCAAAAGUUCAUCCGAGGCACCGUUGCAGGAAGCGCACCGAUCAUUCCUAUCUCGGCACAACUCAAGUUCAAUAUCGAUGCUGUCAACGAGGCAAUUGUCAACACCAUCCCGGUACCCCUUCGGGACUUCACCAUGGAUCCUCAAAUGAUUGUUAUUCGAUCAUUCGAUGUCAACAAGCCGGGUGCUGAAAUCGAAGAGCUAAAAGGAGGUGUUGCUGGUGGAAGUAUUCUGCACGGUGUUGUGAAGCUAGGUGACGAAAUCGAGAUUCGACCAGGUAUCGUCACCAGAGACGAGAAGGGAGCUAUCAAGUGCACACCCAUUUUCAGCAGAAUCGUCACACUGAACUCCGAGAACAACGAACUGAAGUAUGCCGUGCCUGGUGGACUUAUCGGUGUUGGAACUCGAAUCGACCCUACUCUGUGCCGUGCUGAUCGUUUGGUUGGAUUCGUUCUUGGACUGAAGGGCCGCUUGCCAGAUAUCUACAUCGAAAUCGAAGUCAACUACUAUCUGCUUCGACGAUUGUUGGGUGUCAAGACCGCAGAUGGAAAGCAAGCCAAGGUUGCGAAGCUCGCCAAGAACGAGGUGCUUAUGGUGAACAUCGGUUCUACAGCAACCGGUGCGAAGGUUGUAGCCGUAAGACAGGAUGCUGCGAAGUUGGUGUUGACAAGUCCUGCUUGCACAAACGUUGGCGAGAAGGUCGCACUAAGUCGUCGUAUCGAGAAGCACUGGAGAUUAAUAGGUUGGGCUACGAUUGCCAAUGGUGUCACUCUGGAUCCAAGCACAUCGUAAGAGGGUGUUUCUCUACCUUGUCAUGAUUUAUGCAUAGGGGGAGUUGAUAGAUUGGGCCAAAAAGCAAGCUCGAUACAUGAAUGAAGAUUUCUCAGCCCUGUCUAGGUAUGUAGUUCUUUCGCGGCGAGCUAUAUUUGCCAUUCCGAGAUUUUUCUGCUGAAGAAAUAGAAUGAAACUAGCUCAGUCUCAAAUCCAAAUGUAAGAGUCUUCGUGGAGCCUAACUUGCGUGCUUGGAAUCGAUUGCUGGACAUGCUGAAAUCUUG